UGUUUAGCACGAGAUUUAAUCCCGAUGUAGAUUGACUAUACCAGAAACAAUGGCUGUCGGACUGUAUCUUAGCACAGCAUUCCUGAUCAUCACGUAUUGUUCUGGAAAUACUGUAAAGAGGGAUGAUGUGGCCCGAAAUGGUUGGGAUUUUAUGACCGUUCAAAUUUGUCCUGUACUCGGUCAUCCCAUUCGGCAUAGGCUGGUCAACACCCAGUGAGCCAUGCUGUUAAUUGCAUAUGUCUGGCGGUAGUAGGCUUGGCUUCGCAGUGCAGAAACAAGUUCGUUAUUCGGCCGCUAUCUCUACCAGUCUCAUCACCACAUAUAU